CAAGUGCGGUGCAGCCUACAUCUCAAGACUGCACCUGAACUUCAACAGGGUUUUUUUUUUCUUUUGUAACCAGGAUACCCCUCAGCUGGACCUCUGUGCGCUUACGCACGACGCUCUGCAAAGUGACAAUAAAAAAUCUCCGCAAGGACUGAGAGUACCAUCUGGAACGAACCAUGGCAUCCAACAGCAUAUUUGAUUCAUUUACAACCUACUCACAGAGCUUCUUGCGGGAUCCCAGCACUAGCAGGCGCUUCACUCCUCCCUCCACAACGCUGACGUCCAGCUCGGGGAAGAUGAGCGAACCAGUGUCACUGACUCAGCCCAACCCGACAGGGUUGUCCCGAAUCCGGCCUGAGAACCGCACGGUGGUAGAUGUCCUGCAGGAUCACGCUGGCGAAUUAGUCCGGACUGACAGCCCCAACUUCCUCUGCUCGGUGCUGCCUUCCCACUGGAGGUGUAACAAGACACUGCCUGUGGCAUUUAAGGUUGUGGCUCUCGGGGACGUUCCGGACGGAACCCUGGUCACUGUGAUGGCCGGGAACGAUGAAAAUUAUUCUGCGGAGCUCCGGAACGCUUCGGCUGUGAUGAAGAACACGGUUGCCCGAUUUAACGACCUCAGAUUUGUGGGAAGAAGCGGACGAGGUAAAAGCUUCACACUGACAAUCACUGUAUUCACCAGUCCUCCUCAAGUUGCCACCUACCACAGAGCCAUUAAAGUCACUGUUGACGGACCCAGAGAGCCACGCAGGCACAGGCAAAAGCUUGAAGACCAGACGAAACCCAGCACCAUUUUCUCGGACCGUUUGAGUGAGCUGGAGCGAUACCGGCAGACGGCAAUGAGGGUCGGUCCGUCAGCUCCGAGCCCAAGACCGUUGAAUGUGCCUAGCCAUUUCAGCCCACCAACCCAAACGCAGAUCCAGGGCAACUCUGAGAUCAGCCCAUUCACAGACCCUCGUCAGUUUGAGCGCCAGUUUCCUGGACUGUCUUCACUCACAGAGUCGCGUUUCUCAGAUCCGCGUAUGCACUAUCCUGGAGCAAUGUCUGCUGCCGCCUUCACCUACUCCUCUACACCAUCCACAGGGGGCAUUGGUGGCAUCAGUAUGACAGGUAUGGCAGCCACCGCUCGCUAUCAUACCUACUUGCCACCACCUUACCCUGGAUCGGCCCAGAACCAAAGUGGACCCUUUCAGACCACCUCCUCGCCAUAUCAUCUGUACUACGGUACCUCUGCUGGAUCAUACCAAUUCUCCAUGGUUGCUGGAGAACGCUCACCCACCAGAAUGUUGCCUUCCUGCACCAGUGUAUCUACUGGAAGCACACUUAUGAAUCCCAAUUUGGCCAAUCAGAAUGAUGUCGUGGAUGCUGACGGCAGCCAAAGCAAUUCUCCAACAGCUAUGACAGCCACGGGGCGCAUCGACGAAUCAGUCUGGAGGCCUUAUUAGACAACCAAAGAUGUAUGAGCAGCAGUAAUUGUUCAAAAGUCCAUGAUAUCUUCUCUCUAUGCACUGUAAUGAAUUCGAGCUGUAGUAGGGAGAAUAGGUGGAGAGAAAAAAUAUCCAAAAAUGUCCAUGUAUUAAGUAUGAUAUUUGGCUAAAGGCACGUAUUGUAUAUACUUUCAGUUAAUAGAUAAGCCAUCAUGGAAAACAAUCAGCCCACCUUACAGUGGCGAAAUGGCCACCAAAUCAAAAAGACUUCCAACCAAAGGUGAUUACCAUCACAUUUCAUAAGUAACAGGUGGCUUGGCGUAGGUUGGAUGUGAUUAGUGUUUUGGCCUCUUACAAUGAUCAGCUGCUGAUCAUUUGUGGUUAUAUAGUUGGCAGUGCCUAUAUGGAUACAGGAUUAUUUUCUGCUAUGGUGUGACCAUAGUAUUUCUGCACUUGUGUUUUUUUAUUAACUUUAUCAAAAAGAUAGUACAUGGACAGAAUUUCUGCAACGAUCACAUUCAAGGUUGGCAUUCAGUAGACAACAGAAAAUCUUGCAGUCCACACAUUACUUGCCUAUUUCACCAGAGGUUCAGAGAAGCCAUGUUAAUUUUUUCAUAAACACCAAUAACAGAAAAUAAAGGCCACAAGACAUUAUCUGAUGACUGUUGAGCAAACAUUGGAAAAUUGUGUUUGGUUGUUUUUUUAUCCCCCACGUGAGACAGUAAUGCAAGAGCUAGAUGAUUUAUCAAAGCAUUAGAUGUUCAUAUUCUGAAAUUAUCCAGGCAAUUCAGUCUGCAGUCUCCUCAUGAAUCACAAGGACCAAAUCACUAUCUUAGAUUCCCUACAUAGGGCACACUUCGAAAUGUUCCAGAAAUCUCAAUUGUUUUACACUAUUACUGCACAAAUUAUUUUUGGAAUCAGAAUUUGACGUACUUAAAGAUCGAUACUAGUUUCCUUGGUGGGUAGGACUGCGUUCAUACUGCAGGUUUUAGUUUUACUGAAACCCUAGUGCCAAUCCGUAGCAGUAGAUUUAGAAUGUUGUCCACUUUGCACAAGGUACUUGAAGUAACAGUGACUUUAACAAGCUGCAAAUGCCUUGAUGUCCACACCACAUCUGUGAGAUAUCGGCAUUCAUCUUCAUGCUUACCACUCAAUCAGCAAAAAAACUAGGUACGUGGUCAGAUGGAACAGGCUGCAAUUAUUGUGCUCGCUGCGGACUGCAAUGUAAAACGCACUGAGAUACAGUGGUACUGAUCAGCUGGUGACAUUCUUUAAAUGCUUCAUGGAUUUGUGAUAAGUAUGUGUUCCUAUGGAUGUAGCUGGAUGAUAAAUCAAUGGCACAUUAGUAGAGAUUGCCUCUGCCCUUCCUACAUGAGCCUUCGCAUGGCUGAUACGCAUGCAUAGUAUUUAUUCUAAAAGCAAUGCUUUAUUCAAGCUUUCAGUUGGUCAUCCAUAUUUUACACUUGAUUGCCUGUGAGUUGCUGCACUUAUCUACAAAACCAUAAAUUGACCAAAAUGCAACUACUUUUUUUUUCAAAUAAUAUAAUGGCAUGGCAUUGUGGUAAUUUUGUUGGAUUUUUAUUAAAAUAUGGAUGAUGAAUUAAUAACUUAAGUAACAGAAAUAUUUCUGAUUAAGAUGAUUGGAAAAUUGGGUAAUUGCUGUCUUGGUUAUCCAAAAUUAUCCUUAUUGAGCAGACUAGUAAAUGGCCAAUAUAUAGAUGAAAGAAAUCUUGAAGGUUAUCUUCAAAUGUUUUCCUUUCAUAGUGGGCUUUAUCCUAGUUAUACUUCCAUCUUCAUUUUGCACUCAAAUUCCCUCAUGAGCCAAUGAUCUUAUUCCUGCACCAUUCCCAUAUCCCAGAAAGAAACGUUCUAGUUCCUUCAAUCUCAGGAGAAUUUUCUUUCAGCACUGUGAAGCUUUGGAUGCACUUGCAAUGGUGAAAAUAGGGGAUUAAAGAUGAGUUUUAUUAAAUUACUAACUUCGUGUGCAGUGCGUAUUCUGUUACAGCCUGUUACGUCACUGGCAUUUCGGGCAGCAGUGAGGCUCCUCCAUCUCUGGCGGUGUUCAGGGCUUUUGUCAUCAUGUCAGUAGCUUCCUCUCAGUUUUCACUACUGUCAGUCAUGCAAGUCCUGGGCAGAUACUCAGGAAUACCGUCACACUCAGAUGUAGAGUGAUUCUUCAUUGCUGUUUCCAUAACAAUAUAGUUUGACCGGUAAGGGUUGUUAGCCCUGAGCUGAACCCCCGAACCUGGAGGACUGCUAGACCACUCUUAGUCUGGAACUCUACCCUUUGACCUCAGUGACCUUACCAAAAGCCAAAGCACAAAGCCCUGAAUUCAGCCGACAUAGAUCGCCGGAUCAUUCAGACACAGAAGCCUCCAAAUCACAACAAAGUUAAGGUCCUCUUGGAGGUUCAUAUGCAGUGGCUCCCCAAAAAUUCCCUUGUAAAACACUCAUACAUAUUCUUAAUUUGGAAAUUAUUUAUAACUAACCAUUGACAGUCUACAAAAUGUCAUUAAUUUAACUCUGGGAUGGUCCCCAGUUCUUUGUCAUCAGUACAUUAUUUGUAGGUCUGCUCUAUCAGGGAUUAGAUGGAUAAUUCACUUGUAAAAUUCGAAGGCCUGUUGCGCCUCAAUUUUUUGAAACUGCUCAGUCACAGUAAAGAAGUUAAAAUUUAACAAGAAAAUUAAAAAGUAAUACCUAGAUUCCAACAUUAUGAUCAAUUUGUUUCACAGUGAGGCUGUACACUAACUACAAGUUAAUUUUUUUAUGAAUGUCCAACUUAAAUCCAAGUUGAUUGAAUAAAUAUUUCUGUACCUUUGUAAACAGUUUUGAAGAUUAUUUAUGAUCUGCUAAACUUCUUCUUUCAAUCUUAGCACAAAUUCUUAUAAAGAGACCUUUGUGUCUUAUUUUUUUAAAUCUACAGACGGUUUUGAUUUAAUGUAACCAAGUAUAAAACCUAUAACUUUCAUAAUGGCAUUAUUUCCCAGGACGGUCAAAGAUUAUGUCUUAGCAAUUCAAUAAAAUACAGUUCAUAUUGAGCAUUUAAUGGUAGGACACAGAUGCUGUGACGGAGUCUUUCUCCAUGCUAUGGAUAUUGCUGCUUUAUGUCAAAAUACCAUAGGCUGGGGUAUUUGGUCAAGUAUUAAGGAAGAGGAAGGUUUUCACUUCAGUGUCCUCACAUAAUACAAGGUGUCCCAUCAUUUUCAGUAGAUACAGAUCUAGACUAGGAAUACCUUUUCCAAGAGGUACAUUUUAGUAAAUUAAACUAUUUAGGCAUCCAAGAUAUUAUUUUAAGUAGGAUGUUCACCCCACUUUCUAUAUGGUUGACAUAAAGCAACGCAUUUAACCAGUGGCUUACAUUUCACACCUUUGGUAUAAAUAUAUUUAUUUUCCAAAAGAGAAGCAGAAUAUAAUCUUGGUGAUUACAAUCUUGUAGCUUUAAUAUGGCUUUAGAAGGCCUAUGUCUUUAAAACAAAAAGUGUCAGCUUCACUUUUUUUCCAGCUUAUCUAGUCUGAGCGUUAUGUCUCCUUUGUAAUUUAUUUAUUAAGAGUGGGAGCUGGAAGCUGUCCACAUGCAAACGUUUAUAUUUCUGUACAAAUGUAUCUGGAUUAAGCAGUAGCACUUAUAGAAAGGUGUCAGGUUACACACUUUUUUAAGUUUGUUUCAGUGCAAAAUUCCAUCCUAUUUAAUAAUUGAAUAUAUUUGUUCUUCAAAAGAUUAAUUAUUUGCCAAGCUGGGCUUUUUAAAAGAUUGGAGUAUUAUUUCAUUUUUUUUCUUAUUUGAGAAAUGACAGUUCUAUUGUAAGCUGUGAGUUCGGGCUGCAGGCAGCAUUCUGGAAAGCAAAAUAUGUUCCCACAAUGUUCAGAUUCAUCCACGGUGUAAACUUUGUCUUCACAAGGGCUUUCCAGUUAGCACAGUACAAGAAGUCACAGUGGAGGCAUGGGACAGGAAAUCUCUUAGAUUUGCCACAACCAAUAAACAACUGAGCCAAAAUGGAACCUGGUAGCCAAAGACACUUCAUCAAUCAAAAGCAAUGACUCUUUUGGCCACUUUCUAUUAUCCUUAAUUGGUAAUCAGAACUUAAGGGUUGCUAUAUGCUGUGUAGUUUUGCCCUCUUCCUCCUCCCUCCUCUGCAACAGAAUGUUAAAUUGAACCAGUCACAGAUCUGCAGAAUUAUUUAGAUGAGAACCUACAAAUUAGGUGUUCCGAUAGCACCACUUGGCACCUCUGCUGACCAUUACAGUAUGAAAUGGGGUGGGGCUGAGACUGAGGUGGGGUUGACAUUUUCUUUGGUGGCCACACUCCGCCUGAUCAAGAUGGACUAUCUCACAGGACCCUGCACCAAAACUAAGCCAGUAGGCAGUAUCAGUGUUACAUCCAAUGGACAAUGUCUUGCGCAAUAACCAAUCCAAAGUUGCAACUGAUUGUGAUACCCUACGUACUUGCUUAGAACUUGAGAGCCAACAGCAGAGGUUUCACCCAAAGCAUCCAUAUGGGUUGGCUUGUUUCUGGUUUCCAUGCACAGCCCUACCAAGUAUCAGCUCAUUGACUUAUAGGUACCUUGUUUUCUAGGGGAGGAGAGGUAAUAAUGUGUAAUUUUGAGACAUUUUGUUUGUAAAAAAAAACCUGUAUUUCUAGCCUAUGCUUUCAUGCUGAAGAUAACAGCCUAAAAUAUUAAAAUUGAGGAGAAUUCAAUUUUGUAAGAUAAACAUUUUCCAUGCAUAAAUGUACAUAAUAUAAACAUAGUUCAAUGCUUGCCAUAUAUUUACCAUAUGCAUCCAAACUACUGCCUAUUUUGUUUUAAAAUAUGCUUUUUCCAAGCCAUUUCUGUCACUGCUGAAUGCUUUGGCUGUGUCAAAUAGUUGCUUCUAACAUUAACAAAAUUCUGCCUUUAAAACCACUUUUGAUGGUUUGAAAUUGUAAAACAACAAAAAUAUCAUUAAAAUGGAAUUACUGUACUUCAGACUCCUGUAAAGCAUAGAUUAUAUUCUAUCGUUGAGAUUUUUUUUUCACUUUGUGCUCUUGAUUAAUCACUGGAAUUGUGCUUCAAUAAAAAUGGCCUU